CGGUGCGGCCCCGCAGCCGCCGCCGGCAGGGAGGGAAAGGAGGGAGCGAGCGAGGCGGGCGCCGCCGCCGCUCCCCGCGCCGCGCCCAUGGGUCCCCUCCUGCUUCUCUGGGCGUGUGCGGCCGCCGCCGGGGCAGCUGUAGGGUUUGGAAUGGAUCCUGACUUACAAAUUGAUAUCAUCACAGAACUGGAUCUUGUGAAUACAACCUUUGGGGUAACACAGGUUUCAGGACUACACAAUGCCAGCAAAGCAUUUUUAUUCCAAGAUGUAGAAAGAGAAAUCCACGCAGCACCCCACGUGAGUGAGAAGUUAAUUCAGCUCUUCUGGAAUAAAAGUGAGUUCACGUUUGUGGCCACUCUGCAGCAAAAGGCAUCGACUUCUGGAGUUAUCCUGUCCAUCCGAGACUUAGAGCACAGCUAUUUUGAACUGGAGAGCAGUGGCCUGAGGGAUGAGAUCAGGUACCACUACAGGUUUAAUGGGAAGUCAAGAACAGAGGUGUUCCCGUACCGCCUGGCAGAUGGACAGUGGCACAAGAUUGCUGUGUCACUUAGUGCAUCCCAUCUUCUGCUCCACGUGGACUGCAACAGGAUUUAUGAACGUGUCAUUGAUCCCCCAGAAACGAAUCUGACACCUGAAAGCAGUUUAUGGCUCGGACAGAGAAACAGGAAACACGGUUUCUUCAAGGGUGUUAUUCAAGAUGUGAAAGUCAUCUUUAUACCUAAUGGAUAUAUAACUACUUUACGAGGGGAAGCAAAUAACGCAUUAAAUUAUGCAGAAACAAGACUGAGUCAGUUGGAAGACUGUCACUGUGAGAAGACUUGCCAAGUAAAUGGACUGAUCUAUAGAGACAAAGACUCAUGGGUUGAAGAUGAUCACUGCAGGAACUGCACGUGCAAAAGCGGAGUCGUGGAGUGCCGAAGGAUGUCCUGUCCCCCUCUCGAGUGUCCUCCUGAUGCUCUCCCAGUGCACGUGGAGAGUCAGUGCUGCAAAGUGUGCAAGGCCAAGUGUAUCUAUGGAGGCAAAGUGCUAGCAGAAGGUCAACGGGUAUUAACCAAGAGCUGCAGGGAAUGCCGAAAUGGAGUUUUGGUAAAAGUGACAGAGACUUGUCCACCUUUGAACUGCUCAGAAGAUGAUCACGUUCUUCCAGAGAACCAGUGUUGCAGUGUUUGUAGAGGCCAUAACUUCUGUGCAGAGGGGCACAGAUGUGGUGAAAACUCAGAGUGCAAAAACUGGAACACAAAAGCUACUUGUGAAUGCAAGAAUGGUUAUCUCUCUGUCCAAGGAGACUCCGCGUAUUGUGAAGAUAUUGACGAGUGUGCCGCCAAGAUGCAUUACUGUCACGCCAACACCGUGUGCGUUAACUUGCCCGGAUCCUAUCGCUGUGACUGCGUCGCUGGCUAUGUCCGUGUGGAUGAUUUCUCCUGCACAGAGCACGAUGAAUGUGGCAGUGGCCAGCACAACUGUGAUGAGAAUGCAAUCUGCACUAACACCGUCAGGGGACACAGCUGCACCUGCAAACCUGGCUACGUGGGGAACGGGACCAUCUGCCGAGCAUUCUGUGAAGAAGGGUGCAGAUAUGGUGGAACUUGUGUAGCCCCUAACAAAUGUGUCUGCCCUUCUGGAUUCACGGGAAGUCACUGUGAGAAAGGUAAAGUUUUACUGAAAAACACCUUCUUUGGUAAUGAGAAAUAUGACAUACUGAAGAAGUAAUUGCUUUCCAUUCAUCCAUUCUGCUUGAUAUUCUCUCUCCAUUGAAGAUGU